AUGAAUUGGGCUGCAUGGAACAUUAGAGGGCUUAACUCUACCCUCAAGCAAAUAGAGAUCAGGUGUCUUAUUAGAGAAUCAAAGCUAAGUCUUAUAGCAAUCUUGGAAACCAAAGUUUGUAGUGACAAUAUGCAGUCUAUUCAUCACUUCAUUGCCCCACAGUGGCAAAUCAAAUGCAAUUACCUAUCCUCAAUUUUAGGAAGGGUUUGGGUUCUAUGGGAUCCUCAGAAAGUUUCAAUGCUCAGAGCAGUGGAGCAUGGUCAGGUGAUUAACUGUGAAAUUGAGCUUAUUAACCUCAAAAAGAAGGUACUGGCUUCUUUUAUUUAUGCUGCUAAUACCGCAGUGGAUAGGAAAUCCCUAUGGAGAUCACUAAAUUCUUUUAGCCUUUCAUGUGAGCCAUGGAUUUUGAUGGGUGACUUUAAUGUCUUGCUUCAUGUGAAUGACUCUUUUGGAGGAGCUCUUAGAUGGACAACAGGAAUGCAAGAUUUUAAGGAGUGCUUAGAUAGAAAUGGGCUGGAAGACAUGAGGUUCACUGGGGUUUUUCACACUUGGUCAAAUAGAAGUUAUGGAGGUGCCAAUAUCACAAGAAAGCUGGACAGAGUCCUGGUUAAUUUCAAUUUUAUUUCCCUUUUCCCACAAGCUGAAUGUGAGUUCCUCCCACAGGGUAUCUCUGACCACUCUCCAAUGGUGGUAAGGUUUGGAGAACUUACUCCUAAAAGAAACAUCCCAUUUAGGUUCUUUAACUUUUGGACUCUAGAUCCCUCCUUUUUUAUCAUUGUUUCUCAGGAAUGGCAGAGAGUGAUCCAUGGUUCUAGAAUGUUCAUACUUGUACAGAAAUUGAGAUCACUGAAGCAACCUCUUAAGCUGCUAAAUAAAGCAUCCUUUAGUGAUAUCUCAGCUAGAAUUGCAGCCUGCAGAGAGGAGCUUUCACUCUGUCAAAGAAGCUUGGACCUCAACCCUAAUGAUGACUCACUUAGAUUGAAUGAAAAUGAGCUGUCUUCCAAGUUCACUGAGCUCUCACUUGCAGAAGAAUUAUUCUACAAACAGAAAGCCCAAGUGCACUGGCUCAAGGAGGGGGACCAGAACACUGCUUUCUUCAUGAGGAGUUUUGGAUCAAAGGCUAACAGAAGGAAAGUCCAAUCAAUUUUUAACUCGUAUGGCUCUCAACUGUUUGGGGAGGAUAUGAAGAAUGAAUUUCUCACCCAUUUCACCACUAUUCUUGGGCAGGAUUAUACACAUUAUUAA